CAACUCCUGGACCAAGUCCUGGACCACGUCCUGCACCGAUGCCACCAACCAACUCACUCGAGUAGGUACCGGUACUACCCGGUCGGUCUCCAGGGCCUGGCGCUAUAUUUGUUCGCCACCUUGCUGGCUUUUUGAAAAGAUCCAAAAUCUUUCCACAAGCUUCGAGGGCUCCUCCAACCUCCAACGGGCAAAAGCAUAAAAGCAUCGUGUUGCAGUCGACGGUCCACAAACAAAGCUUGCCAAUACUUAGCAGCGUCUUGUACACGGAUCUACUGUACUUUAUAUCUGAUUGUGUGUGUGUGCGUGCGUGCUUGCCUUUCAGUUUGACUAGUUCCAAAGCCAUGGUAGAAGUGAAUGCAAUGAAGAGAGCAACUCGCAAACGUGUGCGUCGCACAUCGGGCCUGGAAAUGAAUAUUGCGCAGCAUUUUUGGAACCUGUUGGCCGUGGCGGUGAUUGGUUCGAUCGUGGUGGCCUUUGUCUUGGUGCAGCAACACGAAGUCAAAGUGGCUCACCCUUUUCAAAACCCAAAGGCGGCCUUUCGUCUGUUACAACAAGACAAACCAUUCCUGUUGUAUGGAACAGCGUGGAAAGAAGACAAGACGGCCUAUUACGUCCAAGAAGCCAUUCGCGCCGGCUUUCGCUACAUUGAUACGGCUGCUCAGCCCAAGCAUUACCGAGAAGCUGGAGUUGGAGAAGGAUGGACGACGGCAGCCGCCGAGUUGAAACUGGAUCGAGCCGAACUCUUUUUGCAAACCAAAUUCUCGCCGCAUCAAAAACCAGAUGACAGCAACCAAAAUGGUGCCACGCUGCCGUAUGAUCCCAAUGCAGAACUGCGAGAACAAGUACAACAAUCCGUAGAAUCCAGUUUGAAAAACCUCAAAACAGACUAUAUCGAUUCACUCGUCCUGCAUUCGCCGCUGCGGACCAUGGCCGAGACACUCACGGUGUGGAAAGCCAUGGAAGAAUUGGUCGACGAUGGAACCGUCAAAAUGCUAGGAGUCUCCAAUUGCUACAAUCUAGAAAAAUUUGAAACCAUUUUCCGUCAAGCCAAACACAAACCAUGGGCAUUGCAGAAUCGGUUCUAUGCCGACAGCAAUUUCGAUACCGACCUGCGACAAUUUUGUGCCAAGAACGGAAUCAAAUAUCAAUCCUUUUGGACGCUCACGGCAAAUGGCAAGGCACUGCAAAGCCCGGAAAUCAAGGACAUGGCACAAAAACGUGACCUCACUCCACAAACACUCUUGUAUGCCUUUUUGAUGUCGCUCGGAUAUGGAACUCCCUUGUCGGGAACCAAAAGUGCCAAACACAUGAAAGAAGACGUCCUCGUAAUGAAGCGAUUACAGGAUGGGGAAGUCAUAUUUCAAAAUGAAGAUCAGUUGCGAAAAAUGGCACAGUUGUUGGGAAUGCCGGCUUUGUAGUGCAAGUUAAAGAAUGCAACUGCUUGUAACAUGCCGACCUCAAACACAAAAAGGGAUCUGAGUGAAAGUUGUUUCGUUAAAAAGAUAGAAUUGAAGACAUCAGAUACUCUUGAUUAAAUCGAAUCAUUCAUA